AUGACAGAUGAAAAGGAAUGCCCCAACCCUGGGGAUCUGAUCGAGAUCAAAAAGGGAAGUUAUGUGCAAUGGGCCCUCUAUGUGGGGGAUGGAUAUGUCAUCCAUAUGACACCUGUAGAUGAAAAAGCCCCAUAUCUGUCAGCCAGCAGAAAGUCAAUGGUCACCAGAAAGGCCAGGGUUACAAAGGAGCUCCUGAAGGUGGCCAGAAACAAUGACUGGGCUGUCAACAACAAGUGUGAUGGUUACCGCACGCCUCUGCCCGUGGAGGAGAUCAUCUGGCGUGCUGAGUGUUGCAUUGGCAAGGAGCUGCCAUGUGAUGAG